AUUCCCCUAUCCCCUCUUUCCACAGGGUUACGUCACCAUGCUGGAUCCAUUGCAACGUAAGCUUGGCAGGCGCAUGGGGGGUCUGUUGUACUUACCAGCACUCUUGGGUGAAAUAUUCUGGUCAGCCGCCAUUCUUGCCGCUCUUGGCGGUACAUUGUCCGUGAUCAUAGACCUUGAUAUUCGUAUCUCUGUCAUUGUAUCUGCAUGUAUUGCUGUGUUGUAUACGUUGGUUGGUGGUCUGUAUUCAGUGGCUUAUACAGACGUGGUGCAACUGGCUUGUAUAUUCAUUGGACUUUGGUUGAGCAUUCCAUUCGCGUUCACUCAUCCUGCUGUAUCAGACAUCGCUACUACAGCUUACCACUCACCUAACUGGCUUGGUACUUGGGAUAUUUCGACCACUGGUCUCUGGAUCGACUCUGCUCUGCUAUUGAUAUUCGGUGGUAUUCCAUGGCAGGUCUAUUUUCAACGUGUGUUAUCAUCCGAUAGUGCUGCUCAUGCGCAAAUAUUGUCGUUUGUGGCCGCAUUUGGUUGCAUUGCUAUGUCAGCACCAUCGAUAUUGAUCGGUGCAAUUGCUGCCAGUACUGAUUGGAACGCUACAGGCUAUGGCCUUCCGGACCCAAUUACUAAAGGCGACCAAGCCAAUAUUCUGCCAAUUGUGCUUCAAUACCUCACCCCUGUAGCUGUAUCAUUCUUUGGGCUUGGCGCUGUUUCUGCUGCUGUCAUGUCAUCUGCAGACUCUAGUAUUCUAUCUGCUUCUAGUAUGUUUACUAGGAAUAUUUAUAACGUCACAUUCCGACAAAAGGCUUCAGAAAAAGAGUUGAUAUGGGUAAUGCGGUUUUCUAUCUUUGCCAUGGGGGCUAUCGCCACCGUAUUAGCACUUACAGUCGGUUCCGUAUACGCCUUGUGGUAUUUAAGCUCAGAUUUUGUAUUCGUCAUUCUGUUCCCACAGUUUUUUAGUGUGUUGUACUUGGACCCAAACACUUACGGAUCAAUCGUCGCUUUUAUUGUGGGUUUAGUGCUUCGGUUAGGUGGCGGAGAACCUGCGUUCAAUCUCAAACCAUUUAUCCCGUACCCAGGGGGAAACAACUUUCCUUAUAAAACUCUAGCAAUGGUUUCCUCGUUGGUGACUCUGCUUGUCGUGUCUUACUUUGUGCGCUAUCUAUUUGUAAGCGGGAUAUUACCUGCUAAAUACGAUUUCCUUGAAUGUAAUCUCGCAAACGGAGGACGGGGAAUAGAACGAAAGAAAACAGACGUUCCGCCAGAAGAAAUAGAAAUGGACCAUGGGGUGGCGAAUGAUAGCUUUGUUGGCGAAAAUGUUGUAAAAACUGCUUUGUAAUUUAUCCGAUUAUAAGUGUCGCAGUUUAAUUCAAACUGCCGUAUUUUUUUUGCUGACGCACUUAAUUGCUGCCUCCCGCCUGAUGUAAGUUCAGUUUUAUUUAAGUUAUCUUAUUUGUGGACUGGUAUUUUUAUUUGCAGGAAAGACAAAUUUACAAAAGCAAUUAAAAAUCAAAGUUUUAUAACUUUAUUUCAACAAAGUUGGCUUGAGUGGUAUAGGAUAUAAUAUUAAGCAAGUUUGUAAGCAAUAAAAUUGUAAGUGCAGAAAGACCAGAUAAACUAUGAACUGGGCACUUUAUAAAGUAGCGUAUGCAAAUGUUCUAUAAUUAUUGUAGUUACUGAAGAAAAAUCAACGUGUCAUGUAGCUUUUAGUUGUAAUUGAAACUGCAUAAGUGUUUAGGAAUACAUACGUUGGUAAGCAAUUAAUUUACUAAUAAAAAAAUAACUAUAUAAACUUUAGUUAUAAAUGUCACCCUUUACUUUUUACAGUUCAUCAUAAACAUUACAUUUUCGUUUUUUCUUCUGUUUCGGGCACGUAACCUUCAUUCUGUAAACCGUGCCCACUCAUUUCCAUAUCUCUUCGUGCAACUUUGUUCUCAUGUGUCUCAAUACUACGGCCGCCAUUUGCAAGAUUGCAUUUCAAGAAAUCGUAUCUCGCUGGUAUUAUACCACGGACAAAUAAAAACCGAACGAAGUAGGAA